AUGGCACGAAACAUCAUCACGCCGCUCUCACGUGUCUUGCCGUCGAUCAAGACGCCCAUCGUCCUGGGCGCGAUGGCGGGUGCGUCGGGCGGUCAGCUCGCAGGUGCUGUUUCGUCUGCUGGCGGAUUCGGUUUCAUCGGCGCUGGCUACCUGACACCGACCACGCUGCAGGGUGAGGUUGACAAAGCCUUUCAACAGCUCUCGGUCUCUCACGCCGAUCUGCUUUCGAGCAAGAAGAGGGCCGACUUUGGGAUUGGAAUCCUCGUCUGGCGGCUCACGGAGCUGAACGGCGGCAAGAAGCCAGAUCAAGCUUCCCCGAAUGACGACGUCAAACAGUUCCUCGAGGUGAUCGUCAAGGCUCGACCGCGCGCGAUCUGGCUCAGCUUUGGUGAUGAGGCAGAGCUCACGGGCUGGCAGAAGAUCAUCGCUGAUCUGGAUCAGCAGCACAACACCGAUCUAGAGGGCAGCAACGACGAGCAGGUGAAGUGGUUCGUCAUGAUUGGGCGGGAGCAGGAGUUGCAAGCCGCGGUAGAGAAGUGUAGGUGCGACGUGCUCAUUGUGCAAGGGUGCGAGGCAGGGGGUCAUGGUCAUUCCGAGGCACCUCCGCUAUCGGCGCUGCUGGCCGACGUGCUGAAGACCCUGCCGAAGCUGCGACCGAACAGUGCCACGGGGGAGACGCCACCGCUGCUGGGUGCGGGCGGGUUGGCGGACGGCAGGUCGCUCGCUGCCCUCCUCUCUGCGGGCUGCGCAGGUGGCGUUUACGGAACGAGGUUCGUAAUUACUCCCGAAUCGACAUACUCGCAGUUGCAGAAGGAGGAGCUGGUCAAGGCAAAGGGCUCAGCGACACUGCGUACGUUUGCAUUUGACGAUGCGCGAGGCACGCUCGGAUGGCCACAGGGCACAGACGGCAGAGGGUUGCGCAACAAGACGGUCGAGGAAUACGAGCGCGAUCUCCAAGAUCAGGUCAAGGCGGGCAAAGAAGAUCCAGAAGGCGCCAAGAAGAGGAUGGAGAGGUACAAGCAGGCGGCCAAGGACAAUGAUACGGAUCGUAUUGUCAUUUGGGCUGGCACGGGUGUUGGUGCGAUCAGUGCCAUUACACCGGCCAAGCAGGUCGUGGAAGAUAUCACUCGUGAGGCGAUCGAAGCGCUGGACAGGGUGCAGAGCUACGUUCAAUGA